AACCGCCGCCAAGGCGCCGCAAUCAUUGCAGACGACACGUCGCCUCCGCCUCCCUUCGCAGUGAUCGUCUGCUCGGCGGCGGUCGUCUGCUUCAGCGUGUGCGUCUGCUUCUCCGUCUGUGCCGGCGCCGUGGGUCGUUUGCUCCGGAGAGUCGUCUGCUGCUUCACGGUCUGCACCAAGAUUGAGAAAAAAGAGGACGGUGCUGGCCGGGGGAGGGUCACAAUGCCACUUCCUCCGCCCCGGAAGGCCGCCACAACAAGUCGGUUGGCAAUGCCAAGACCUACUUCAUCAUCCAAGGUAAAAACCUCGGGUAGAGAAUGCCUACAAGCCGGCUUACAGGAUUCCCAGCUUAAAGAGCUGAAGGCGGCCUUCCUGUUGCUGGACAAGAACCAGGACGGCCGUGUGAAUGCCGCCGAGAUCAAGCACAUGUUGGACAACCUGGGCAUCCUGCUCAACGACUCCAUGAUACAGAAGCUCGUCGUACAGGCAUCAGGCAGGGACGACGGGCUUAUCAGCGAAGAUGAGUUCCUUGCCUGGAUGGCCGGGCAGACGAGCAUCAAGGAUGACGUCAUGGAAGACCUGCUGGCAGCGUUCAGGGUGUUCGACAAGGACGCCAACGGUUACAUCACAAAGGAUGAACUCAAGCUAGCCAUGGAAAUGAUCGGAGAACCCAUGUCUGAGGCGCAGCUGGACAGCAUGAUUCGAGCCACGGACAUCGACAACGACGGGAGGAUAAACUACGAAGAGUUCGUCACAAUCCUGCUAUAGCGGUGUCACGUGCUGCCUUCCUUACCCGACGCCUGCCAUGAAAGCCUUAACUUAUUCGAAGAUGCCUUCAAUCAUCGAGAUAUACUCAUCGCCCGCUAACGGCACGGACCCGACUGCAGCGGCCCUCAGCGAGGCAUUCGAACGCCU